UGGACCGAAAUCCAACAUAAGGAAGAAAGAAAGGCUGGAGUGGAUAAUUGACGGAACGCGUGGAAUUUCGGGAGAAGAGUUUCCUGACAUUUAAGUAAUAAUACUCGGAACAGAACAGUAUUUAUUUAAAACAAUGUACCUAUCAAAGCUUACGUGCUGUUUUAUUGCCCUCCUCGUUAUCCAUCUUGCCGAGGCUGGAUUCUACUCACGAAGUCACUCGAAAGAGAACGGUCAGUCGCAGUGGGGAAAGCCGCAAGUCGGCACUGCAAACAUCGCCAAUGCCACUAAAAAUCAAAAAUCUACACAGAGAGCAGAUACAGGAAAGUUUGAUGCUAAAAACGGUAAAACUUCUGCUUUAUCUGCAUGGGGUAUUAUCGGUAUAAUACUUGGCGUUAUUAUGCUAAGUACAGUGACAUAUUAUGGUUUCAUUCUUUAUCCAUAUUUAUGUAGGCAGCAAAGGAGUUACGAUAUGAUGGAGUUAUCAAAUAUCGUUUGACUAUGCGUGCCGUAAUUUAAUCUUGAAGCAUUCUUUGUUUUAAGGAUGUUACGGCACGUAAAACAAAGACAAUGCCUAGCUUUUGACUAUUUUCUAAAGCAAGCUUGAUAACUAUAAUAGCCAUUGUUUAUACACCUACAGUAAGCAUGUCGUUAUCCUAUGCAUCGAGCAGAUAUGUCAUUUAUAUUCAAUUUAAUUUGUAAAACGUUUUCUCAAGUUUUUAGAUCAUUUUACAAUUGAAACAAUUUCUUAGUAAAAGCAAAUCAUGACAAGCAGAAAAAGUAUACCCUUUUUUGAACAAAUGUAUUUUAUACAGCAAAAAUGAAAAUGAAUUACUCUAAUAUUUAUAUAUAAUCCAAUGAUCUGUUUUUACUGAUAGGUCAAAUACUGCUUUUACCGAUAGGUUAAAGACUUUUUAUACGCAAGCUUGCAUAGACUGGUAUAAUCAUCAAGGCUGGUUUCGAUUUUUAUAUGCAUUUGUAUUUUUGUCUCUCUACUUAUACGAACGUAUUAUUAAUCAAUAAGGUAGAAGCUUAGAUAUUCUAGACUAAGUACUUUAGAAUCUAAGUAAUUGAAUAAAAGAAACAAUUGUCUCAC